AUGGCGGCGAUGGCGCUCUUCUCCAAGCUCGGCGCUUUGGCGGCAUUAGGGAUCGCGCUCUUCAUCAUCAGCUCUACGAUCGUGGCGCUCUUCCAGGUCGGCGACUUGGCGGCGAUGCCGUGUGGCCUGCCCGUUCUCGGCGUUCUCUGUUCCACAGCGAUCUUGCUCUACACCAAGAUUAAGAUUUCCUGGCGGGAGAGCGUCGGAAUCCCCUUGGAGACCCUGGCGAUGGCAUAUUUCCUCUCCAGCAUCACGGACAGGGCUUCUAUGGCAGUUCUUGCGGCUUUCUGCAGCUCAAUGGCAUCCACGAUCUUCCUCCUCCAUUCUGUCGUUCCGAAUUGGAUGAUCGACCCGCUCUUUAGUGUGAUCCAGCAUGUCUCGAUCGAGAGAGAACUUCCUUGCCCGUUUAUCAUCACUGGGAAGACCAUCCUGGUACACAUCGCCGAAGGAGCUCAAUGCGAUCUCAUCGACAUUCUCGGAGAGCAGCGGCCAGCGAUGGUUCUCAAACGGGAUGAUCGAUAUCCCAUUACGAGAGGCUCGACCCCCUCCCACGUCGAUCUCUUCCUCUACGUUGCCUCCGAUGAGUUGCUGCACAACUAUGACGCACUUACACAACAGACUCGGGCGGCCUACUUAGCUGCAAAGGUUUCCAAGCCUGUGGACGCGUUUGUCGUCGUCGGGAAGAAAAAAGAGAUGAUGCGCGAUCUUGGUCUUGGUCCUGCUUGCCUUCUCCUCUCUCGCGGAGUAAAGAGGCAGCUCGAUAAACUCGGCUACGAGUACCGACUGUAUUGCUUCAAAGACCGUUCGCCACUGGGCUUCAUCGAUGGGCCCUACAUUCCGCCUCACAGGAGGAAUCAUCGACGCUGAAAAUAGGCUAAAGCUCCAAUCGAGUUUUAUGUUGCUAUAUGAAUAAUUCCGUGGCACAGAAAUAUUUUUUCGCGAUUUGUCUUUGCUCAAGUGAGCUGCAAUGGGCGAGUGUUCCUCUCGAAUCUUGAGUAUGGAAACAAAACUACUCAAUAAACUAAAAAAGUUUAUUUCUACUA